AUGCCAAAUAUAAUCAAUUCUUCACAAACUUCGUUCUCAGAAAAUGGCUUUCAAACCGCACCAAGUAACAAAGGAAAGGAAACCAUUCAAAGUAUUGUGACCUCAGCAAAGUCUCUUUUACGUGAAGCAUUACCAACAGUGCCUCAGGCCACCACCUCAAGCUUGGCUUCUAUAAAUCAAACAAAUGGAAAAACCAUUGGAGACUCCUCAACGCAUGCUUCAGUUUCCACAAAUCUAGAUUGGGAAACCAAUUUCAAGGAACAUUUGGGAAGUCAAAGUGUAGAAGGAAGUAAUUUUAGCAUUAGUCGAAGUAACUUCCGAAGCGAAAACGAUCAUUCCUACGGGUCUCAAGAAUGGGAAGAUUGGGUUUCUCCCGAAACGAGUUUAGAUAAAUUCGUUAUUCCACCAAACUCACAUGCAGAAACCGUAUUUCAAUCUGCCAAAUUUGAGACAGACAUCCCAAAUGAAGGCAAAAAAACGCAUAAUAUGCCAGAUGGCGCGGAAGUAAUUGAUUUUCUAAAUUCAAACUCUUUCACAGCUGAAAUUUAUUGCCCGAUCGAUACUGGGCACGAAAUAGAAAAACAUCGCGAUCAUUUUCUGUCGCCAAACACCAAAAAUCUGGGUCCUGCAAGUUCUUAUAUAAAUGCACUGAUAGAUGCAGAAGAUAUUGUCGCAUAUCUUAGAGAGACUCGAUACACUGAUGACGUGUACGGAAUACCGAAUUUCUUAAAAACAGCAAUUAAUGAAGCGUUGAAUGAGGAGAAACAGAAUCAAGUUACGGAAACACAUCGCCAAACAGCUCUAAAAAGAUUGGAAAUGAAAAGGGUGGAAAAGUUGAUUGAUAGAAUGAAUAACCAUAGUGAUAUUAUCAAUAAUGACUGGCGAGAAGAAUUUGACCUCAGUUGGCAUAAAAAUCGAGAUCCGAGUUUUCUCAGCUGUGUUUGCAUGUCACCGACUACCAUGACUCGUAGGACUCCAAGGAAGAACAAAGAACAAAUGUUCGAAGUAGAAAAAGUUCUAGACGAAAAACAGGAAGACGGACAAAGAUUUUUAUUAAUUCAAUGGAAAGGCAUAGAUCCAGAUACGCGAAUUAAAUGGGAACCUACCUGGGAACCAGAGGAGUAUUGUACUCUGGCAGUUGUCCAAGAUUGGAAUAGACAAAAGGAAAAUCGCCUUGACGCCACUACGACGAAUAAUAAUUCUAUUAAUUCCAUUAACGAAGUUGUUAGAACAGAACGGCCUAAACGUUCACUUUAUAAAAGAAGGACGCCUUUGUCAGAACAAUACACCCCAAGAUUUGUGAAUUUUCCGGGCGUCAAUGCUUCACCUGACGCAAAGGCCCGUUUUAUUCAACGUUUUCCUACCUCAUAUGUUAAUAUGGAAGAGGCGGAAGAGGAAGUUGUAAUAUUUUCUAAUGAUAUUAUAAACUCUUCAAAAUUCAAUUCGAACGAUGGACUUCAUUCAUCUAAUAUUUCAAAUAAUAUGAUUGAUAAUAAUGACCAGAGCAUUGAUUUCAUCGAAUCAAGUUCCUCCGUUUCACAAAAUUCUCAGGCUGCGAUAUUUAAUAAUAAACUGGGAAAAUCUAUUAUGAUCCCGGCGCCAAUUUCGUAUGCACAGCAAAAAUUAUAUAUAAUGAUGUACAAUGAUCAAGAUGGUGUGAAACAACAACUGAAAGUUUCAUCAAUCUCACAUCCAGUUGCCUCGCUUGAUUCACCGAUUUUCAAGAAGUUAAAUCAAUUGAAUACCCUGUGUGAUAAUCCGAGGUUUCUUGAUUCAUCAAUCAGCUCUUCGAGCAGUUACUUGUAUGCAUUAGAUGAGCCGGGUAAAUUAUUAUUGCUCAAGAAUUUACUUCCACGAUUAUCUCUAAAUGAACAUAAUCUAUCGAUUGCGAUUGCUGUUCAGCCGAGUCUGAUGAAUACAAUGCAAGAAUAUCUUCACAAAAUUCACAUAUCUUUUCAAGUCAUCGAGUCAAUUGAGAAUAUAAAUCUCCAGAGUCGGUUUUAUUUAAUUUCGACCGACUUUACAGGACCUCCAAAUCGAAUCCAUGAGUUGCCCAAAUUCGAUUUUAGUAUUGCAUACGAUUCAACAUAUGAUCACCGCAAACUUUGGAUGCACUCCACUUAUCACACGAGUUUACCAGUUUUACGUCUAGUAAGCCAGGACACAUCAGAACACGGAUAUGUAUACAUGUUGCAAAAAUAUGCUGAUUUGUCGCUUAGAAAUUGCCGACUUUUUGACCUGAAACGUAUUCUGGAUUUUGGGAUAAAUGUGAGAAAUGGGCACACAAGUGUUGGAAUAUCUCCUAUUCAUGAACAUUUUACUUUGAUAUGUAAUAAAAUUAUAACAUGGGUGAGAUCUGGUUUUCGAAACUCAUUGGAUUUUGGUAUGGAAGAAUCAGCACGACAAUGGUUUGAGAUGUCCGUUAUUCCGUUGCCAUCUAAAAUUCCGGCGUUGAAUAAUACUCGAAAUACUCUGCGAACUCGGCAUAUUUCCGAUUCUAAUAAAAGGUCGGAGAAAUCUAUACCAGGAAAGAAGCGCAAAAAGGGAGGAAUUAUCAAAGAUUCGGAUAAUGAAUCAAAUCUUGGUUCAUCAAAAAAACAAAACAAAUCUACCAAAAUUAUUGAUGAUCUCUCUGCACAAGUAAUAUCAACCCCUGGACCAUCUAAAAACGCACAUACAGCAACGGAACCUCGAUCCGCGUACUCAGACCCGAGGCAAGAGCUUGAAUCUAUUAGAGAAAAAAAUAAGAGACUUGAAGCGGAGUUACAAUUGUUUAAAGCAGCACUCAAAUUAGCCGAAGAAGAAGCCAUCUACCAACGCUCGAUAGCUCAAUUGCUUGAAGAACAAAAUCGUAGAUCAGAUGACCAAAGACGACUAGCAUGGGUUAAAGACAUGCUCAAUAGCAGAUCCACUCAGAAAGAAGAAUUUGAAGCAUUUGUAUGCGAUUGGAAUGGAUGUAACAAAAUAUUUAGAAGUAAGGAUGACCUCAAGGUUCACCUUCGCUCAGACCAUUGCUCAGACCGUUUUGCAUCUUCAGCUAGUUGGAACGGAAUGCGUGUUGAUGCCGGCUCAACCUGGGUUGAUCUUGGAUUUUGGUUCAAUUUUGAAUUGAUUUAG